AUAUCUUCCAACUCAACCGCCGCUUCCUGGCCGGCCCAGGCAGCCGCCUCAGGCCCCGCUCCUCUCUGAACCGUUACCCAAAGACUGUCAUCAUCCACCGGUAAAAAAAAAAAAAAAAAUGCAGACAGGGCUCCUCCGCUCGGUCUGCUGCCGUGAUGAGUGAAUGAAGAGGCCGAAACCCGCAGAUCCUCAGCAGAAGUCCCGGGACUCGCUGGUAGCAGUGUCGGGGUCGGAGCGGGGGGCAGCCUGAGGCGUUGCAGCCGUGGUGAUGGUGUUGGACUCAGGUGAAGUCUUCAUGGAUCAGGUUGAGGGUCAAAGCGUCAGGAGGAGCAGGGACCUGUUGGGGCCAAAUGUCCGAGCAGAUCCACCAAAAACCACUAGCAGCUCUGCUGCGACAGCCAGACCGUCGGCCAAGAGAAGCAAUGUGGCCAAGAAGGAGAAGGUGUCCCACAACGGACUUCCAGCACAGACGAACAGCGGCCAGGUAGAGAGGAGGUCGUCAUCAUUAAAAGGUGGAGCCACCCCCAGACCACCGCUCCGCCGCCCCCUCAGCUUGGAGAUGACGCCCCAGCGCCUGCGAGGGUCUCAGGAGCAGAUGGUGGACAGGCGGAUCGUGCAGCCUCCUUGGCGUAGCGGUUCUGCUGCCCCAUCACCCCCAGCUCGCAGCCUGACCAGCCCCAGCCUUGGGGCAGGAGGCUGGAUGCGCCGCAGUGAAAGCACUUGCUCAGUCAACUACUCCCUGGGGCUGCGGGGCGGCAAGGGGCAAAUGCGACCUGCUACCUCCCUGCCACACAUAGCUAAAGGGGUUGGUAGCACGUCGCUGCCUACGCCUUCCAGGCCAUGUCUGCUGGUCGCCCUCAGACCUCUUAACCUGGAGCAGGAGAAGGAGGCUUUCUUCCAGUCCGACUACAAGUACGAGCCUCAGUUUGAGUACGCCCAGCCUGAGCCGAGGAGUGUGCUGGAGAAGUACAGGGAGGGCUCAGGCCUCUUCCUCGAACAGGCGGUUGGAAUCAUGGAGUGCGUGCUGAGGAAGUUUAGCUCCUAUGAGAACUUUGAGGAGGUGACGGGGGGCAGCGUGCUCCCUAAGAGUCAGGUCUGGGCUGCUGUACGCAAAUACCUGCAGAAAGAAGGCUGUGUGGGAGAGGUUGUGGUGCGUCUGUCUGACGAGCUGCUGUCUCAGGCGGUGAUGGUGGUGGAGAGCUGUCGUCCCACUCUGACCAUUAACCUGGCCGGGGCUCGGCAGCACUGGCUGGAGGGGAUGCUGAGACACGAGAUAGGCACACAUUACCUGCGAGGCGUCAACAACAACCUGCAGCCGUGGGCCACCACAGAAGGCAGGAAGCAGUUCGGCCUUAAACCGGCCAAUCCCACGGAGGAAGGCCUAGCCAGCCUGCACAGCGUGUUGCUACGGAAGCAGCCCUACCUGUGGCGCGCGGCUCUCCUCUACUACACCGUGUACCACGCCACCAGCAUGAGCUUCAGCCAGCUCUUCAGUCACAUCGCACGCUUCGUCCAGGACCCAGACGUCCGCUGGGAGUACUGUCUGAGAGCCAAGAGGGGACAGACGGACACCUCACAGCCCGGUUGCUUCAGUAAAGAUCAGGUUUAUCUGGACGGGAUCCUGAGGAUUCUUCGCCAUCGACGCUCCAUCGACUUCAAGAUGUUGACUUCUUUAGGCAAGGUGUCUUACGAAGACGUGGAGAGGCUGCGACAUCUGGCGGUGUUCCCCAGGACUAGGAUCCCGCACUUCAUGCGCGACCCGGAGAGGUACCUGCAACAUCUGGAUCACAUCGUCGCCGUCAACGAGCUGGACGACUCGGCGCUGCAGCAUCUGCUGCCCUGACCGCUCCCCCCGUGCCAUCUGGAGCCCAGAAGAAGAAGAAGAAGAAGAAGUGGAGGAUGCUGGUACAUGGGACUGUAUCAUGUGGUGCCCAGAAUCUCACGUCAAAUAUCCAGUAUUACUGAUGCUUUAUUUGAGCAAUUGUUUUUGUAAAACUUGAACAAAAAGGGACAAACACACUAACACCUCUAUCUACAUUAUCACCUUUGUCCAAUGCAUGUCUAUGUGGCUUUUUCACAGAGCCUAGUACAGUUCAAGUGCCCCCCCCCCUCCCCUUUGCCUUUACUCCCAUUAUGAAGUUACCUCAAUACUGCAACUCUACGCUAUAACCAACAUUAUAUAUGUAGACUCAUACAUAAUCACUGCACCCGACGCCUGUACAGGGCACUGCUAACACGUCGUGUACAGCUUUUAACAUUCAUAAUCACACGCUUUAUUUAUGCAAGUAUUUAAGUUUUUUACUUUGAGAGAACAGACUGAAUGUCUCUGGUAUUAGCUUUAUACCUUUUUUUUUUCUAGACAUUUUUUUAUGCCUUAGAUUGUUUGCAUUUUAAAAAGGACACCAAGGACACGUUAUUUAAGCCCUGGGGAAGUGACAACUGAGGCCAUGAAUCUUUAAAAUAUCAAGUGCCAGUGGACUCAGUCAGAUAUUAAAAUAUUCCCCAGGGAGGUUUUUAAAAUAUCAGUGUUAUUAAGAAGAUAAUCAGCUGUGUUGUUUCUGUCUUAUCAGUGUCCUUGGUGGUCUUUGGAUAUCAGUACGCUACUGUGAUGUGACCCGUCCCCGAGCUCCCACCUCCCGGCGCGGCAGCCAGUUUUCUUUUUGCUACGUUAAAGGGACAGUUCAACAUUCUGGGAAACAUGCGUAUUAUCUUUGUUCCCUGAGAGUUCGAUGAGAAGAUCGGUGCCUCUCUCGUGCAUGUUCGUUCAGUGUGUAGCUGGAGACGGCGUGAAGCUCAGCUCAGUUCUGUUUCGCCUCCUCCCAACAAUGAUUGAUUGUUUAAUCAUAGAUUAGAAACUCGGCUGAGGCGCAAACUUUAGACUUCUCUACAUGUAAAACAAUAGAAAACCAAAAUGAAACAGGAACUGGAACCACGGGGCGGCUGUGGCUCAGGAGCUGGAGCAGGUCGUACACUAAUCAGAAGCUCCUCCUCCGCAUGUCGAAGUGUCCUUGGGGAAGAUACUGAACCUCAAAUUGCCUGUUCCAUCAGUGUGUGAAUGGGUGAAUGCGGCAUCCAAUGUGGCUUUGAGUGGUCGACAAGACUAGAAAAGUGCUAAACAGUCCAUUUAUAACUUCUGGGUUCUGCUCCUGAAGUAAGAAAACCUAGUUCAAAAUCCACUGACACUUUAAACUUCAUCCAUGAAACACAGACUGUGUUACAUGUGUUUUAAACAAGGACGUUAGUGUUUUUGGAAAAUGAUCUAACAUUGUUGAUUAUUGGAUAUUUUCAGUGCAUGAGUGAGUUGAAGUUAUGACAUCUAUACUAACAGCAGCACAGAGACGACUGAAGUGCAGAAGUUUUUAGAAAGUUGAAAAUGACUUUUAGAAGAGAGUUGGUGAGUUUUAUAGAUAUGGACAAAAAAAAAAAGUUACAAUGCUGCACCUGCACUGCCAUGUUUGUAGUUUUUUUUUUUUUUAUGUGGUCACAAAAUAAUCAUAACUGACCGUACAUUAGUUCAUGUUACAGGUUACAGUUUAUGUUAAAAUGUGUAUCAACACUGAAGAGUCACCUUGAAAGAAGAGAGAAAGUGUUAAAUCAACUUAGGGAACGAUUGUUUGCUUAAUUAGCCAGUGAGCUGCAACUCAUUAAAUCUGCCGGUAUCGUAUCAAAAAGGUUCGAUAUCAGUUCUGAUGCCGAUACCGAUUGUUAACCAUCCUUCUUUGCUUUGUUGCCUCUGCCUAAUAUCAAGGACUCAUUGUUUCAAAAAUGACUGAGGAUUUUGAUACUAAAGCGGUUUUCAUUAUAAACUGUGUAAGUGCUAAGCUUGACAAAUAGUGUGGUACAUAACUCCCUGUGAAAUGUCCAAUUGUGGUGUUUACAUUUCGAACAGAGCCAGGUUAGCUGUUUCCCCUUGUUUCCGGUCUCUAUGCUAAGCUAACGGCUGCUGGCUGUAGCGUCAUAUUCAACUGACGGAUGUGAGACUGGGAUCUUCUCAUUUAACAUCGCCACAGUUUCUCCAAAAUGUGAAACUGUUCCUUUUAACAUGAUGAAAAAGUGCCUGAGUGGCAUCUUUAAUACACUGCUGGGCUUUUUGUGACGCAGCCAAACUCCAGCCAGUCGUCUUCCAUCCUCACCCAGACUCGAGUCGCUGGCUGAGGAGGAAGCGGGGGUGUUGUGGGCGUGCCUUCGAUGGGUGUCGAGCUCAUCUGCUGUAGCUAGCCGUGUGUUUGUAGGCUGCUUUUUACUGUGUUUGACACUUCAAACUUCAGAUGUCAGUCAGGGCAUUCAUUAUGGGCCACGUUGUCUGUGAGCUGAAUUAACACUGACAGACUGAAAAAACUAAUCACAGCAAAAAGGACGUGGGCUGACCAGCAUCAGCUGGUUCAGCAGUCCCAGUUUUUAACUUAAACACUCAACCAAAAUGUGAACUCCACUUCUAUGAUGCAUUUUAAAUACUUGGAUUUGAAGUUUAACGUGUGAUUGACAUUUACUCUGCUGUGUUUACAAUUUUAGCCAUUUGAUGAAGCAGAUACGUUUUAAAUUCGUCUGCUGACCUCAUCAACCUGGGCCCUAAACGAAUGCACCUAUUUGUAACGCACGAAUGUUGCACAAGUGUUUUAUGUUCUGGAAAACAUCUUGAUUUUCCAGGUUAUUUAUUAAAAAGUACACACACUUGA